CUUUGCAGCAAAGGUGCAGCUUUAGGGAAGCCCUUUGAAGCCUCUCCAAAAGAUAUUUCAAGUAUUGCCAGUUUUAUUGAAACCAAGCUUGUCAUCUGCUACUUGAAGAUGAGAAAGCCUGACCUUGCUCUGAAUCAUUCUCACAGGAGCAUAAUUCUGAACCCUGCCUAUUUUCGCAACCACCUUCGUCAAGCUGCUGUCUUCCGAUGCUUAGAGCGAUAUUCCGAGGCUGCAAGAAGCACCAUGAUUGCUGACUACACGUACUGGCUGUCUGGAGGAAGAGACCAGCAUACCAGCAAGCUCAUCAAACUGUAUUGGCAGGCUAUGAUUGAAGAAGCUAUCACAAGGGCAGAAUAUUUUUCAGUGAUGUACACUCCAUUUGCCAUAAAAAUAAAGGUUGAAAACACAGACAAGCUAAAGGAAGUUUUUAUCAAAAAGCACCCUGACUAUGUGGAAUACAUAUAUACAGACCCUCAUGGAUUACACAGUUUGCCACAAACAGCUGAUUGGUCUUGUCCUUCUCCUCAGUCUUAUUUGCUGACACUGGGACUGAAGAACAAAGAAGUUGGAAAAUUUUUAGAAAAAAUGUCUUGUAGAAAACUGCCAACAUUUUCAGAGCACAAAGCUCCUUUCAGCCCUAUCACAAAAGAUGAGGCAGAGAGACAUCUGGAGACCAUUGGAAAAAAGAUCUUACCAAUAAUGGAUUUUAUUAGAGGCACCAAAUUAACGGAGUCAUUCUGUGCAUGUUCAGGUGUGAUAGAGAAGCUGCAGUACGCAAGCCUCCUUGGCCGCUUGCAGCGCACCAAGGAGCAAUCUCAAGUGAUCAAUCAAGCUAUGGCUGAGCUUGCAACUGUUCCUUACCUCCAAGAUAUCAGCCAGCCAGAUGCUGAACUGCUGCAGUCACUAAUGGCAGAUGCCAUGGACACCCUCGAAGGAAGGAAAAGUGAUAAAGAACGUGUCUGGAAUAAAAUUCAAAAGGUUGGAAUUAUAGAAGACUUCCUAUACCAAUUAGAAGAUAGUUUCUUAAAAACCAAGAAACUCAGAACAGCAAGGAGGCAGAAAAUGAAAAUGAAGCGGCUUCAAAGCGAACAGCCGUGCUAG